ACUGCAAAACAAAGGAAGAGCCCGCUUUUAUUAUGAAAUGCCAGACCGGAAGUCUUGCUUCAACACAGGGUACUUUCUGAGAUCAGCCGAGGUCUCCUAGGCUGACUGAUGACCGCCAUGAUAGAUCGCUACCUUCCUCACGAAGCUAUGGAGCCGGAGGUUCCUGUCAUGAACACGGUGACUGACACGGAGGUGACCCCAGCGGAAGUUCUUCAAGUAUCACAGAUUCUUCAGGCCAUAGAAGCUGAAGCUUUGGUGGAGGCGGACAGAGGAGAGAAGCAGGAGGCCGUGCAGCAGGAUGAACAGACAGCCUGUCCUCCUAUAAAAUAUGAUUCCACCACUGAGACAGUAAAGUGGGAGGUGGGAGCUCGGUGUCGGGCCCUGUGGUCAGAGGACGGCAAGAUCUACCCGGCGACUGUGGUGGCUGUUGACGGCGACCGCUGCAGAGUUCGUUUCGGCGGCUACGACAACGAGGAGGACAUGGACUUGAGCGUGCUACAGAGUCCGUGUGCUGUGGUGCAAACACAGAACUCACAGCUCCAGGACUGGAAGCCCGGUUCCCGCUGCCGGGCAGUUUAUUCAGAGGAUGGAUUGGUUUAUCCUGCCGUAAUUCUGUGGGUCAAAGAUCAGCGCUGCCGUGUUCGCUACGAUAAAUAUAACAACGAGGAGGAACUGGACGUCAGCAGUCUUCUGCAUCUCGACGAGCUCCGCGGCCCGAGCGGCGCCGGCGGUGCCACUAAGGCAGAGGGUUACAGCUGGAAGCCCGGUCCACCCACAGGUAACUUGGACUGGAAGAGGAGGAGGAGGGACGAAAGCAAGGGAGACCGAAGAGGAGAGAGGAGGUCAACACAAAGCGAUAAUCCAAACUCCAACAUGAUAAAAGAGAGAACUGAGAAUCAGACUAAAGUAGAGAAGGAAACCACAGAGAAGAGGAAAGGAGACCUGACCAAUAACCUCUUCCCUCCUUUCGCUCCUCAGGUUGGAUCAAUGGACCCACUGUCCUUCAUCCCUCCUCCUCCUCCUCCUGUUUGGACGUUCUGUGGGAAAGAACCAGGCGACGGUCCAGAUGUCAACAGCAUCACCAACAUGCUGAUGCUGUGGUACAUGUGUGGCUUCCAUACUGGCAGUUACCUGACUCAGCAGAGAUCCAAAUCAUCCUCCAAAGACUAAGUUUAACAUCCCAACAGGCAUGUGAGUCGAGGAGAAAAAGCUGCAGUUUGUUGUUUUUGUUUUAUUUUUUCCAUUUUAACCUUUUGUACAUAUUAGCACUUUGUUUCGUUUUUAGCAUUUAAAACCUGUUUGUUGUUUUGAAGAAAGACUCGGUGCUUGGAAAUGAUGCAGAUGAGUUGUUUUGUUCAGAGUUAUUAAACAUAAAAGUGUUUGGUUAUUUUCAGAGUUUUAGUGUAAAAUGAAAUGGACGUUUUGGUCAAAUAAAAGUGUUUUGUUGUUGAAGAGA